CUCUACUAAAAAAAUAAGGACAGUCCACUUCCCUCUUGCACAGCACAACAAUGGCUCCCAAUUUGUCAAGAUUCAUGCAGCUUUACGGGUAUGAUUUGCUGCUAGGUUCGAUUGCGGUGUUUUAUGUAGCCAUGGCACCCUAUACAAAAGUUGAAGAAAGCUUCAACGUUCAGGCAAUGCAUGAUAUUUUAUAUCGCAGGCAUCACAUAGAAAAGUAUGAUCAUUUGGAAUUCCCCGGAGUAGUUCCGCGAACUUUUAUUGGUGCUUUCCUUGUAUCAGUUUUGGCCUCUCCGGUUGUCCUAGCAAUGAAUUUGAUGCACUUGCCUAAAGUUUAUAGUCUUUAUGCAGUUCGUCUAGUGUUGAGUUUCCUCAUGCUGUGCACGCUUCGAUUUUUUCGCAUUCAGAUCAGAAAGAAGUUUGGGUAUCAGGUUGAAGCCUUCUUUUCGAUAUUGACUGCUGUCCAGUUCCACAUGUUGUUUUACUGCUCACGUCCUCUUCCUAAUAUACUGGCAUUUGGUUUGGCUAAUUUGGCAUAUGGUUUCUGGGUGAAAGGGAGUUUUUAUGCAGCAUUAAGAUGCCUGAUAUUUGCUACAAUCAUCUUCAGAUGUGAUAUGCUCUUACUCAUUUCUCCACUUGGCCUGGAGCUACUGCUGUCAAAAUCAAUUUCUUUGUGGAAGGCAAUAAGGACCUGCAUUGCAACUACUUUGUUCUGCAUAGGUCUUACAGUAUUGGUUGAUUCAGUCAUGUGGAGGAGGUGGUUGUGGCCUGAGCUAGAAGUUUUCUGGUUCAACUCCGUCUUAAAUCGGAGUUCUGAAUGGGGUAUACAUCCUAUUCACUGGUACUUUACUUCAGCCCUUCCGCGUUCCUUGCUUGUUGCAUAUCCACUCUUUCUGCUUGGAGCUUUUCUUGAUAGAAGGGUUCUCUUCUAUGUUCUUCCUGUUCUCUCAUUUGUUAUACUCUAUUCAAAGCUUCCACACAAGGAACUGCGGUUCAUUAUUAGUUCCCUUCCUAUCUUUAAUAUGGCAGCAGCAGUUGCAGCUAGCAGAAUAUACAACAAUAGAAAGAAGGGCUUGUGGAGAUAUCUUAAUAUUGCUAUGCUGGGAUCAAUUUUGAUUAGUCUAGGGUGCACGACCAUGAUUUUUAUGGCGUCCUACGAUAACUAUCCCAGUGGCUAUGCUCUAAAAGUUUUGCACAGAACUGGUCAGCUGACAAACAAUUCAACUGAAGUGUGGGUUCAUAUUGACACCUUAUCUGCAAUGAAUGGAAUUUCACGAUUUUGUGAAAAUGACUAUCCUUGGAGGUACUCAAAAGAAGAAGGGAUUCUUCUGGAUCAAUUGCAGAAAAGAAAUUUUACAUAUCUUGUGAAUGAGCAUUCCAACAUUACUGGUUUCCGGUGUCUUUCUUCCACUCAUGGAUUCUCUACUGCAAAGCUUCGUAUUGGCUUUCCUCCAAUAUUACUGGCCAAGGAACCCAAGGUAUAUAUUCACGGAAAUGUUGAAAACAGCGAAAUAUUGCCAAGACAAUGGCCAGGAUGCUAAGGGGUUGUUGUCAGUGCUUAAUCAAAUUCUUCAGUGGCUUCAUUUAGUUUAGCUCUUUCUAUGGGUGGAUGUGAUCUGCUAAAAAAAUCUUACUAUUAAGCUAUACAAGAUGGUAUAAUAUAUUUUUAGAGAAUUUCAGUUA